AUGCCCUCGACGCUCUCAACAUCAAGCCAACAACAACAAUUUUUAGCAAAUGUUCAUCAUGCCAUUCAAGAAACACUCAAACAGUACCAAAUUCAAUUGGAAUUAUGUAUGAGCGACCAGCCGUUCAUGUCUGGCUUUUUUGAUUUUCUAAAACAUGAACACAACUCAGGAAGCCUGGAAUUUGUUAUGAGCGUUGACGAAUUUGCAUUCGGAAAGAUGAUGGUUCGUCCGAUGAAGAAUACUCUUUUUUCUAAUUCUUCCUUGUCGCCCUCUUCAUCACCCACCAGUGGUUCGUCAUCAUCGUCAUCAUCAUCACCUCUCAAAAACUUGCUGAAAACCAAAUCAAAGAAUAGUGGUAGUAAUAAUGGUGCAUCUUCAACCUCCACUCCGAAUAAUAGUAGUAGCGUACAUAACAUCAUGGCCAUGAAUAGAAAGCAAAAAGCUAAGGAAAUAAUUAGUCGAUUUAUGGAUGAUUAUUCGCCUUAUCAAGUGAAUUUAUCGUAUCCCGUGAAAGAAAAUAUAAUAAGGAACUUUGAGAAGGAAUGUUUGAGACCAGACAAUGAGAUUGAUCCUCAUUUAUUUGAUGAGGCUAGAGUGGAAAUAAGUUUACAGCUCAAUUGUGACAGUUUUGUGAGAUUUGUAAAAAGUAGGCAAUUUAUUCAAUUCAUUACUGAGAUGGUACUCAAGGAUGUUUCCUCACACAAUAUGGAUCUCGUUUACAAGUAUCUAAGCUCGUAUUUUUCAAAGAUUGGAGAAAAGAAGCUAUCCAUAACACGAAAAGGAUCGAAUUCACCUUCUACGAAUUCACCUUCUGCAUUAUCCCCAACCUCUUCAGACACAUCUCCUAAUACUAACAACAACAACAACAACAACGAAGACGAUAUCAUUAGUUCUCAAACCACUUCCAUGGACGAAGAGGUUGCAUCGAUCCAUGAACAAUUUCGUACGCUCAUGGCUUGUAUUAAUUGUGAAACAGUGGAUGAUAGACAUUUUGAUUUGGUGCAUGCAAUGAUCAAUCUCGACAAAUUAUGGACACUGGUUUCUGAAACACAACAAUCACUGACCUACGUCUCAGAAAGCAAAUUUUAUCACAAUAAUCGAGGGUUAAAGAUUAUCAAAGAAGUAGGCAUUUUGGAAGCAACACCAGAGGAAGUGUUAUUUGCAACCUUAGAUAUGAGAAUAUUAGGCAUUGUCGAUGAAAUGAUGACACAACCAUCCUGUGUUAAAUUUGUACAGAAUGACAAGUAUGCCAUGUCGUAUUUAAGCUCUAGACUGAAACUUGUAUGGCCAUUAACCGAUCGACAUUUUGUUAUUGGAUCCUCAGUUCGAGAAGAGCAUGACAAUUUUACUGGAUACACGAUUGUCAGAAAAUCGCUAGAAUCUAAUGACAUUACAGUUUUUAAAGGUUGUGUGCAAGCAAUCUUUUUAGGAGGAGUAGUUAUUGAGAGAGUUAAUGAAAAGCAUACUCGUAUCACUUUGGCAGGAUUUCUGGACAUGGGUGGUAAAUUUCCAGUAGGUCUGUUCAACAAAUUGCUGGCAACAAGAGGAUCUAAACGAGUUGAAAAUUUCUUGAAAGGAAUUCUGAAACGAAGAGAAAUGAGUGAAGAGGAGAGGAGAAUCAAUUCAGAGAAUUCGUGUCGAGUGAUUGAAACUUUAAUUUAUUCAAAGAGUAACCAACAACGAAAUGAAUAG